AGGCCUCAGUGUCGUCCCUGAUGAUGAAGUCAUUGAAAUGUACGAGGGGUCCCACGUGCCCUUGGAGCAGAUGAGCGACUUCUAUGGAAAGAGUUCUCACGGGAACACCAUGAAGCAGUUCAUGGAUAUCUUCUCCCUGCCUGAGAUGACCCUGCUGUCCUGUGUGAACGAGCACUUCCUGAAGAACAGCAUUGACUAUGAGCCUGUGCACCUGUACAAAGAUGUCAAGGAUUCAAUUCGAGACGUCCACAUCAAAGGAAUAAUGUACAGAGCGAUCGAAGCAGAUAUUGAAAAGUACAUCUGUUAUGCUGAGCAGACCCGCGCAGUAUUGGCCAAACUGGCUGACCAUGGCAAGAAGAUGUUUCUUAUCACCAACAGCCCCAGUAGCUUCGUGGACAAAGGGAUGCGGUAUAUCGUUGGGAAAGACUGGAGGGACCUGUUUGAUGUGGUUAUAGUUCAGGCUGAGAAGCCAAACUUCUUUAAUGAUAAGCGGAGACCUUUCCGAAAGGUGAAUGAGAAAGGUGUCUUACUCUGGGAUAAAAUCCACAAGUUGCAGAAAGGCCAGAUUUACAAGCAGGGCAACUUAUAUGAAUUUCUAAAGCUUACUGGAUGGAGAGGAUCUAAAGUGUUAUAUUUUGGUGACCAUAUCUACAGUGACCUGGCGGAUUUGACCCUGAAGCAUGGCUGGCGGACUGGUGCCAUCAUCCCUGAGCUGCGGUCUGAGCUCAAAAUCAUGAACACGGAGUCAUACAUCCAAACCAUGACCUGGCUGCAGACCCUGACUGGGCUAUUGGAGCAGAUGCAGGUUCACAGAGAUGCUGAGUCGCAGCUGGUCUUGGAGGAGUGGAAAAAAGAGAGAAAAGAGAUGAGAGAAAUGACCAAAAGUUUCUUCAAUGCCCAGUUUGGGAGUUUGUUCCGCACAGACCAGAACCCCACCUAUUUCCUAAGGCGACUGUCAAGAUUUGCUGACAUCUACAUGGCGUCUCUGAGCUGCCUCUUGAACUACGAUGUGAACCACACGUUCUACCCCCGGAGGACUCCUCUGCAGCAUGAGCUCCCUGCGUGGUCAGACAGCCCCUCUGCCUGCAAAGCGCCCCUCCUGCAGGAGGCCCAGGCCAAGUAACCACGGGUGUCACCUGUGCAAGAAGCCAGAAGCAGCCACUCCCCAAUGGGGUGACAGGGUUGACUUUGUGUGGGGCUGAGUGUGGCUUUCUGAAAGAUCCAAACACCUUUUGAUAUUU